GCGUGAUAAAGCCGUCAUGGACCAGAGGUCCGGAGAACCAGACGAGGCCUAUCACGCCCGGAUGCUGGCCUGGAGUACCGAAACAAAGAAACGGACAGAUGACGCAGCAGCAACAGCGAAGAAGAAGGCAGAGGACGCCGAGCAGGCAUGUUUGCUGGCACUUGAACAACAGCGCCAGCAUGACGAGGCAACAGCAAGGGCUGCCGAUGAAGAAAGAACUCAACGUCGUGAGAAGAUAUUUAAUGGAGAGCAGACUUUGCUCACAAUGGCAGCGGAAUGGCGGACCGAGGCCGAGAAUGGCAAGUUGGAGGAUAGCGCAAACAAGAUAGCUCUCCUCCUAUCCCAUCUCACAGACCUCCUGGCAACCUGUAUAACACAGCAGGAGGAUAUCCACAGCCUCGACGACUCGCUAGCUGAAGUACAAGGCCGCCUCCAGCAGCAGGAGCAGCGACCUGUCACCGGCCCCGACGCCAGCUCUUCCAACACCUCCGAUCAUCUCGAAGCAUUGGAGAUGGACGUCGGCUCCCUCAAGGACGGCGUGCAGUUACAGGACACCGCAACGCAACAGUUGCAACAUCGGAUAUGUACUACCGCCAACACCUCAAGUUCGGAACCGCGCGAGACAACUCCAAAGUUUGACGGAAAGAAGAUCUUCUGCGGCUCGACGAAGACAGAUCCGAUUCCAUGGUUCCGCAAGUUCGAGCUCACGCGACAGGUACACAACGUCAAAGAACAUAAGCACCAUGCAUACUUAUACUCUCGCUCAGGGGGCGCGUGCCAGGCUUGGUUGGACAAUCUCUUGUCCAAGUACGGAGUGGUAGCUAACGACUUGCACACCAAGAUCAGCUGGGAUGAUCUGAAGGCAGCAUGGCACAAGCCGUUCCAAGUCGAGCCGCCCGAGAUCAAGGCUAUGGACAAGCUCAUGGUCUUCGAGCAAGGCCCGCUGCCGAGUACCGACUGGAUCCUCGAGUACCAACGCUUGACAUCAGUCCCAGACAUCCAGAUGGGCUUCAAAGCCAUCCGCCACUAUUUUAUCUCAAGGUCAUGUCCGGCACUAAGCAAUGCCUUGACUCACGUCGAGGACACCUUGACGACAACGGCGGAACUCUUUGACAAGGCCGCGCAAAUCAUUAUCACGAACAAGGAGACCAAGAACCUGCGUUCGUCUGCAUCAGGCCCGAGUAAGGACCAACAUCGGCCAAGAAUGGUCGUGGUCGUGGCGGCAACGCCGUUUGACCAAACCAGCGAGGUUGUGUCUGCCAGUGAAGGGGACAGACUCGCAGCCGCCCGGGAAGGUGGCCGCCCCGGCAAAGGCCGAGGACGCGGCAAGACGAAGACACACACCGCAUCUAACCCCGAGCCCGGCGCAACAGCUCCAGCCCCAUGCCAAGCCUUUAUGCAAAGGGUUGGCCUUGGCGCACAAGUUCGGAGGAAGGCAAACCCGACGACGAUCAAGUUGGCAGAUGGAAAGACGCAGCAACUUCUCGACCGUUACAUCGAGGUCGUACCGGUUUAUUUCGCACCUCAUGCAUGCGAACCGGUGACGUUCGAUAUUCUCGACAUGGACUUCGACAUCAUUCUGGGAAUGCCUUGGCUUGCAAGUGCGGAUCACACUGUCAACUUCCACCGGCGGACUUUUAGCGUUCGUGACGUCUUCGGCGUGGAAGUGGCGUGUGCUAUUCCUCUACCGCACCCUUCGAUUCGGUGCCAAGUGGUGACAGCCAAAGCAUUCCGGGCGACUUGUGCUUACGAGCAGCCCGAGGAAAUCGGCCUAUGUUUCCUACGGACCGUCGCGGUAGCCGACUCUUCACCCACGGACUUGUCUUCUGACCCCCGGGUGGUGCGGUUGCUGGACGAGUUCGCCGACAUCUUCGAGUCACCUACCAGUGUGGUGUCGGAUCGGCCGAUCUCUCACGAGAUCAUUCUUGAGGCCGGUGCCGUGCCGCCGAAAGGUUGCAUCUAUCGGAUGAGCGAGGAGGAGUUGGAGGUCCUCCGCGCACAACUCGACGACUUGUUGGCCAAGGGAUGGAUCCGCCCUAGUAGCUCCCCAUAUGGAGCACCGGUUCUCUUCGUCCGGAAGAGGUCCUCCGGGCCUCUUCCUCGCAUCGACGAUAUUCUUGAGCGAGUGGGCAGCGCAAAGUAUUUUUCUAAGUUGGGUUUGAAAUCGGGAUAUCAUCAAAUCUCGAUCCGGCUGAACGAUCGCUACAAAUCCGCGUUCAAGAUGCGGUACGGGCAUUUUGAGUGGGUGGUCAUGCCUUUUGGCCUCACCAACGCCCCGGCGACCUUUCAAGCGGCAAUGACCAACAAGUUUCGUGCAAUGUUGGACCGGUUCGUGCUGGUCUACUUAAACGAUAUUCUCGUCUAUAGCCGAUCAUUGGAGGAUCAUCUUGAGCAUCUUCGACGAGUGUUGGAGACGCUCUGCCGCGCCAAGUACAAGGCCAACCGCGACAAGUGCGAAUUUGUCCGGCAAGAUCUCGAAUACUUGGGCCAUUUUGUCACACCGUAGGGCAUCAGUCCGCUAUCGGACAAG